CCGGGAACAACAGUCUAAUCAUCAUCGUUGAUCGUUAAAGAACGUGAAACGCGUAUAGAAAAUCCGAAAAAUCAAGUAAGAGAUAUCGUCUAUUAAACGUACAAAUCGAUGUCAAAAAUCGUCUGCGAGAAAAUUCGGUUUGCAUGCAUUCAUUUGUGCUAAAAAUAAAAGUAGAAAGCAGUAUACUAAAUACAGAGUAUUGAAUAUAUGUACGAUCCAUCCAGCGAGAUCAGUCAACCAAAUCUGAAUUGAAAUAAGCGAAAAUCUGAAGUACAGUAAAAAUUCCAAAAACACAAACAAAAAAUCAUCCUGUAAACUGUGACUUGUGUACUGUAAUUUCAUCUCGCAUACAGAGAGAUAAUAUACAAUAACACUAAUAAAAGGUUUAAACUGUAGAAACAGCUGUUAAAUAUUAAAAAAAAAAAUAUCCAAAAAUACAAAAGAAACAGUGUUCGAAGUGAACAAAAGUUAAUCGUGUUAAUUAAAUUUGCAAUUGCGAUCGCAUCAACGAAACCAGAGUACAGUUUUAGUUGAAGCAAACGAGAGUUAAAAGUAACAACGAACAAAUCAUCAAAGUAGUUAUAGCUGGAACGUAACGCGGAAAUUUUACUGAAAAUUUUUGCAUUUUCCAAUGUAGCCGUUUGGGGAAUUUUAACACGAACGUGGCCGUUUUGGAUGUUUCGUGUUAAUUACUUACUUAGUAAAUUUCAUCGAUAGCGGUAAAUGAAUGUAAAUACAUACAUAUUUGAAUAUUUUCACUUUGCUCUCGUAUUCGAUCUGAAAGAGUGAACAUUUUCGCACUACCAUCUACAUACUACCUACAGCACAUUAAAAUAUUUCCGUAUACAACAUUUUUGGCUCACUUUGCCUACAAGCGCACACGCUAGUCACACCAGCAAAUCACUUUAAAAAAAAAACGAUAAGUCACGAGAGUUUGGAAUUUUUGUAUUUCAAUGGGGUGACUUGUGGAACAGUACUCUCCUGAACCCGGGACCAAAAGGGACUUAAUUGACCAAACACUCAACUAACUUCGGCCUAUUUAAUAAAAGCAAUAAAAAAACAAAAAUACAGCAAUACUUUUGGCUACCUGUUAUUUUCAUCAACAGCUAAUUUUCAAAGUUUUCCAACACCACAAUCACACAGUAAAAUCCUUGUGACAUUUACCACUUCAUAAUAAAUACAUAUCCAGUAAUUUGCAUUUAAAAACCAACUACCUAACUCACAAAGGUUAAAGGAGCAGACUUUUCUUGAUCAUUCACCACUGAAGCCAAAUUCACAUCGUACACAUUGUACAGCUAGCGUCUGAAACGCCUCCUCCGAUGAGCACUACGGUCGUUUUGCCAGUCAAAGUGGCCACAGAAACGCUAUACCCCCACCACCGCCACCACCAACGCGCAAGUGUCAACGUUGUCCACGCAGUUGGAGCAACAGCCGUCAAGAUCGACACGCACAGCCGCAGCUUCGGACAUUCGUACGCCGCACGCGCCGACCUAAAUUAUUUCCUCGUGUAAAUCCUUCACAUCAGCUAGUAUUGCAACCAGCCAAUUUUUGUGUGAAAUCCAUCUUAACCCUACGUAAUCUGUAUUAAAACUGUAAAAACGAAGAGGCUUAUAUCUUAAAACGUAUCGUCGCACUUAACGCGCACACCAAACACCAAUCUCGUAGCAGCAGCGUUCCGCGCGCUUGAAAAGUUUUUUUUCUCGCUUUCGUAUCUCGUAAACUUCAAAACGGCGGGAACAAUGCUUAAAGUUGUUGGUGCAUCGUGGCAGAAAACGCGGAUAGGGACUUACAUCCUUAUCGGUGCUGGUUUACUUGUGAUAGGAGCUUUCUUCAUCAGUUACAUGGAUCGGCCGAAAUAUAAUGGCACCUACUGUGCCACUGCGUUUUGGUCGAAGCAGACUGGAUUUCACAUUGAAUACUGGAAACAGCAAAAUGAUCUUCUCAACAUUCCAAAAGGUGCUGCUAGAGUAUGCUACAAGGAUUCCAUCUAUGAAAAUGGUUGGGCGCAAAUCGAGGUGGAAACUCAACGUACCUACCCGGACUGGGUACAGGCUUUCGGUGCUGGCAUACUUGAGGGCUCAUUGACCUGGAAUAAUAUCUACAAUCAAUGGAAAAACACCAUCGAAUCUUCCUGUGAGCGUGAUGAGAGUUCGCAAAACUUCUGUACCUGGCUGCGUGAUCUGCUUGACGAGAAUUACAUUCGCAUCAAAGAGACAGCGGUACAGCGUGGCGAGCACGAUCACUAUUGGCAUCAGAUCAGCCUCUACUUUAGUCAAUUGGAGGGUCUGGAAACAGGCUAUAUACGCGGCGCGUCUCGUGCACGUUCAGAUCUCGAAGAGGAAAUACCUUUUUCCGAUUUUCUUCUCCUAAAUGCCGCCGCUGACAUUCAGGACCUUAAAAUCUACUAUGAGAACUUUGUAUGGAAGGAGGGGAAUGAAACAGCCGAUGUGGGCACACAGGACCAAGGCACAGCUGUGACUGCGACUUCGGAAGCGGAAACAGGACCAAAGAACUUCUUUCUGCCAAGCGCCACAAUGCUGACAAAGAUAUUUCAAACUGCCGAUUCGCCAACAUGGAGAUUGCUUUUUGGUCACAGCACUGCCGGCAGUUAUGCCUCAAUGUUGCGCAUACAAAAGCGUUACAAAUUCCACUAUCACUUCUCGCCGAAUCAACGCUCGAAUACAGUGCCUGGCGUCGAUAUAACAUUUACCGGCUAUCCAGGCAUACUCGGCUCUACAGAUGAUUUCUACAUCGUAAAGGGUCGACAGGUGCAGUCCAUUGUGGGCGGCGUGGGUAUAAAGAACGAGAAUCUGGAUUUGUGGAGGACAGUUAACGUUACGCAGGCAUUGCCGCUGGCAGCACGGGUCAUGGCAGCAAAUCGUAUAGCGCAGAAUCGUCGCACAUGGGCAAAGGCAAUGUCGCGUCACCCAUUCACUGGCUGUAAACAGUGGAUAACGGUCGACUUGAACAAAUUGCGUCCACAAGACAACCUAUAUGUGUCGCUGGCUGAGGAUGAGAAGCACGAUGAUGCUGCAUUGCCGUUGAAUGCUGCGGAUGAGGCAGCCAUAAAUGAGCGUCAUAACCGCAAUAAGGGAUUGGUGUGGAUUGUGGAACAACUGCCGGGUCGCAUGCAUCUCAAAGAUGUUUCGGAAAAAUUCCUAUCGGGCGAAAACUCGACGUGGAUUGCGAAUGGUGUGCCAUACUUCGAUGAGAUGCUGCAGGCCAGUGGCGUAGCGCCCGAUAGUGCCUACCUUGAAAUGAAAGCUGCGUUCGACGAUGAACUAACCAAUCUCGAAGCGGUCGAUCAGUUUAUGCGCAAUCAUGGCUUCCGAGGCGAUUUGAUGGGCGAGGAGUCGGUUGCUUACGGCAAUAUUGAUAUCAAAUUGUUCUCCUACAAUGCGCAAAUAGGCAUUAGCGACUAUCAUGCUUUCGCCGGACCCAUAUUCAUUCGGCUGCAACAUGUGCAACCGCGAGAAGCGAUUGAGAGUGAGAGUACCGUGAGCGAGUCAACGGAUAUCGCAUCCAAUUUGAAGGAUGAACGCUUGAGUGUGAGCAUUGAUGAUGCGGCGCAACUUGCCGAACUGGAGCGUAUUACCGAACGGCGAUCUGUACGCAACGAUAUGCAAGCGAUUGCAAUGCGGCAGGUAUCUAAUGGCCCGUUCAAGUGGUCUGAAAUUGCGGAUCGCAUAACGGACAUUGAACAUAAAGGACAUCCGGAUGAAUUCAAUUUCGGCAAAGUAGCUCCUCAUUGGGCGUGGUAAAGAGAGGCGUGGCGGUGUGGUGGUUGUCUUAACGACCUCGCGGCCAUUUAAAUAUAUAGUAAAAAUAUUUUAAUUUAAUUUCACAAACAUUUGUACAUAUAUUACAUAAUAAUUUGUCGAGUGGAUUUUUGAGCUAUACACAUACCUACAUAAGUAUGAAUUUUUGCAUGCAACUCCAAAAUUAGAAAACACAUAAAUUUUUUGUUAGUAAAUUUUAUGAUUUGUAAAUAAUUCGUAUCAAUUGCGUGUAGAAAAAGUUGUGAUUUUAAGUCGAUUGUGCAAAAAUGUUGCUAUUUUGUAUUAGAUAAAAGUGAAUUGUAGAAAUUUUAUAAACUUUAUACGUCCAUAGCUUUAAAAAACUACAAAAAUUUAAUAAAGAAAUUACAUACAUAUGAACACUAGUCUUCCAUAGUUUUAUCUCCAUUUUUGGACUACUGUAUGAACAUACAUACAUACAUACAUAUAUAAGUAAAAGAUAUGUGUAUCGUGCUGGUUUGAGAUUUCUAACUUUUAUACAGAGCAAUUGUGAGAAUAAAAAAUAUUAAAAAACAGAAAACUUGA